AUGCACGUUGUGCGACCGAAACCAAAGGCAGGACGCCCUCAAAGCUCCCUCAGUGAGCACUUUACGCGUACGAACGAAAUGGCAAAUUCUUCGCUGUACUGGACUGUAUGCAAUCUGUGUCUUGCAGAGUACACUGAGCGCCUUGGACCUACACCGGAACGCAUACGUGGGCGCAAGGACUAUUGGCUAAAGCAUCUGGGUCAGUGUCCGCUCUACGAUGGUGAAUUAGCAGAGGGCAGGCGUGGAGAUGAUGGCGUGGACGCAAUGCCAAACAAAAAGCUUAAACAACGUGAAUAUUUUACGGCAGCAGAACGACAGACACUAUGGAGACUGAUUUUGGAGUUUCAAGCGGAGGCUUUGCUCGCGGACUCCUUUAUCGAGCUGCCUUCCGCUCGCAGGCUCUUUAAGUGGCUAAAUGCAAAGUGUGAGGCGCGUAUUUAA